GUUUUGAAAACAGAAGUACGGGUUUUUUUUUUUCAUCCCGAAAGGCGAACACGAACUCAGUCCAGAGAAAACGCUCCUCUCUCGCGCGAUGGUCUCUGGCGAUGGCGUCUGAUUAUUGAAGAACACAAGUUUAUUCAGCCCUUUUGAGAAGAAGGAGGAGAGUAGCUUGCUGUUGGCGUUUGGUGAAUAGGUGACAAUUGAGAAGAAACCUGGAGAAAAAGAGAAAGGCAAUGUGUUGUAAACUGUAGGUUUAUAAAGAAACUACAAUGUUUGGGGUUCUUUCUGUCCCUUCAGUUGUUUUGCCUCGUGUAUCCAAAACUUCAAGAUUGAUUGCUAAGAUGUCUGUGACCGGAAUGAGAAACGCAGGAUUAUCAAUAGAAUCCAUAUCUGUAAAGCCUCCUUCUCACCCUACAUACGAUUUGAAAGGUGUCAUCAAGCUUGCCCUUGCUGAAGAUGCUGGGGAUCAAGGGGAUGUGACUUGUAUGGCCACGAUUCCAGCUGAUAUGGAAGUGGAAGCCCAUUUCUUGGCAAAGGAGGAUGGUGUCGUAGCUGGUAUUGUACUGGCAGAGUCAGUAUUUAGCGAGGUUGAUCCUACCCUGAAGGUGGAGUGGUCAAGAAAAGAUGGAGAUUUUGUUCAUAAAGGAUUGCAAUUCGGGAAAGUGCAUGGACGGGCACACAGCAUUGUCGUGGCGGAGAGGGUUGUGCUUAAUUUUAUGCAGAGGAUGAGUGGAAUAGCAACUUUAACCAAGGAAAUGGCUGAUGCUGCACGCCCUGCAUACAUUUUAGAGACUAGGAAAACAGCUCCCGGUUUACGUCUGGUGGAUAAGUGGGCGGUACUGAUAGGUGGAGGAAGGAAUCACAGAAUGGGUUUAUUUGAUAUGGUGAUGAUAAAAGAUAACCACAUAUCAAUAGCUGGAGGUGUACAAAAUUCUCUCAAAUCUGUGGACAUUUAUUUAGAGGAAAACAAUCUUCAUAUGGGGGUUGAGAUUGAAACCCGGACACUUGAUGAAGUUAAUGAGGUGUUACAGUAUGCAUCUCAAACAAAAACUUACUUGACUAGGAUAAUGCUGGAUAAUAUGGUUGUCCCACAACCAGAUGGGGAUGUUGAUGUGUCAAUGCUUAAAGAGGCUGUAGAUCUGAUCAAUGGCAGAUUUGAGACCGAGGCAUCUGGAAAUGUUACCCUCGAAACCGUACACAAGAUUGGACAAACUGGCGUGACAUACAUUUCUAGUGGUGCACUGACGCAUUCAGUGAAGGCACUCGACAUUUCCCUGAAAAUUGAUACAGAGCUUGCACUUGAGGUUGGAAGGCGUACAAAACGAGCAUGAGCAGCUUUCUUUUGUGCCCCCUUCCUUUGCAAAUAGGGUGGAGGAACGGAACAAAAGAGUGGAGCGGUUGAAAGGUAGGAAGUACCAGAGAUUCCUAAUGGAGGUAAACCUUUUGAGAUGCUAUACAACCUGGUGAACUGAAGGAUCUUAGUAUUCACAGGAAAAGAUUAGUAUUUCCAAAUAGAAUUGCCUUCAAUAAUGCAAUUUGGAGAUAAACACACGAUGGUUUUGAUGUAUUUUGUUACAAAUGAUGCGACUUCUUGGCAUUUACCGGAGACAGAUAUGUAUGGGCCUAUAUUCUCGCAAUGUAUGAGUGUAUAUUUUUAUUA